UCAAUAACAAUCAAAAUCCCCAUUUCCUCAACCUCAACAUAACAAACAACAAGAAGAAAGGAAUACAGAAGAAGAAGAAGAAGAAGAAAGUAAGUUCAGAAAGAAAGAUAGAUAGAUAGAUAUAUACAUAUAUGGCGGCGUAUGUUAAUGUUAUGCCAAACCUUUCUCCUCCAACUCUCCCCCUCCAUCCCAAAGACUACUCUAACAACAGGCCCUCAUCCUCAAUCCCUCUUCUUCUUCUUCCACUGUCCUCCUCCUCCACCGCCGCCGCCACCACCACCACCACCACCAUCCGCAGCGCGGCGCAGGUUACCACCCCACCCCCCACGCACCAACACCACCAAGACGACGACCAAAGAAAUCAAUUCUACCUCAAUUUAGGGCUGGCCGUACGCACCCUCCGGCAAGACCUCCCCCUUCUCUUCACCAAAGACCUCAAUUACAACAUCUACAGGGAUGACAUAACAUUCAGUGACCCAUUGAACAGCUUCACAGGGAUAGACAAGUACAAGCUCAUCUUCUGGGCAUUAAGGUUCCAUGGCAGGAUUCUGUUCAGGGACAUCUCUUUCGAUGUUCUACGGGUCUGGCAGCCAUCUGAGAACAUGAUUCUUAUCAGAUGGAACCUCAGGGGUGUCCCUAGGGUCCCUUGGGAAGCCAAGGGGGAGUUCCAGGGCACCUCCCGCUAUAAGCUCGAUAGAAAUGGCAAGAUAUACGAGCACAAGGUCGACAAUUUCGCUUUCAAUUUCCCACACACAUUGAGGCCUGCAACUUCGGUUUUGGACCUUGUUGCUGCCUCGUGCCCUGCUAGUCCUAAUCCAACAUUCAUGUGGGAGCACGACCACGAGCACGGCUGGUAUUCGUGCUCGUGGGUUGAGUUCUACAGGGCUGUUAAAGAGACUGUCGAUAGACAGGGUUUGGCUUUGCCGCAGGAUUGUUUCGCGGCAUGUUUGUAGUGGGAGAGGUAAGGUUGGCUUCUACUUUCUUACAUGGUGCUAUAUGACUGACUAUAUCUAUCUACACUAGAAGAUAUGAUGCUAUUUAGAUACAUACAUACAUACAUACAUAUAUAUAUAUCUUCUUUGUAUAUAGUGUGAUGUUUAUGAAGAACAUAUAUGUUCGAUAAGUAGAUUUGAGAGAUAUGAAAUAAGGUUUACAAGAAAAUGCAUUGCAGUGAUGUAGAAUGAAUGAAUAGUGUAGUGUUGGUUCUGAA